CAGAAUUUUACCGCUUCACACCCUCCAAGGACCACGAAAAAAAGAAAAAGAAACAGGCGGUCUCUCUCUUUCUCCUCAUUCCAUCAACCAAAGUAUGUCGAGAGGCGUCUCCUGCUUAAACUAUACCGCAAGGUCACUCUUCGCCUGUUCCUCUUCAAUUCCCUCCCGGACAGUGACGGGAAGGCACUAUGCCCCAGCCGUCCUCAAAAAGCGAACUCAUACAGGAUACCUAUCUGAACCACCACGAGCAACGCUCGCAGCGAACCGGACCUGGCGGCGAGACAACUCAGAGGCAGACGAGGCAUCCCAGAAUAUCAACUUGGCGAGUACAAAACAUGAGGGUUCCGAUAGACGGAAAGUGACCUACUAUAGGUCUCGAGUACCGGAACUAAAGCUGAAAGAGAGGGUGGACUAUUCAACAAUGCGCGAACCAGAUCCCGUUUUCGCAGAACACUUGGGUGGACUUUUCUCAGGACUUCAGUUUCCGAAGGAGCUCGCGAGGCGAAUUCUUACCCACGCAAGUCAUCCUGCAGCUGUAUAUGGACAUAAUGGCGGCCUUAGCUUUCUCGGUCGACGAGUACUUCACUCCUACUUACUCUUACUCCUGUCGUCUUCACCUCACCUGCAAGUAUCGGAUGACCUAGAAGAAAUCGUCUCUCGGACGCUCAACACUUAUGUUCUCGGAGAGCACGUAGGAUCAAAGUGGGGUUUGGGUCGUGUAAUGAGAUGGACGCCGACUGUCAAGGCAGAGAGACUGGGUUCAGCUGGAGAUAAAACUUCGUUAAUGAAGAGCGUUGGGUUGUAUAAGGUGCAGGGAGAUACUGUGGCAGCCGUUAUCGGUGGAAUGUACCACCAAUUUGGUGGCUCGGUGGCACAUAGGGUAUUCCAUACUCGCGUUUUGCCUCUCAUCCUUCUCGGGAAAAAGAACGAUGGUCUACCUGCAGCAUUCCAUGGUGACGCUCGCUCGAUAUGUAAUCAGAUGGGCGGAUUGCAAGGGCCAUUAUUAGCUGAAGCGCCCGCAUCCGGAAGCGGACAAUCCCCAAAAGCAGACGCUCAUGAAGCGUCGUAGCGGACAUGGGCUAUGUAAAUUUAUACGUAUCUACUCAUGAGAAUAGAAACAGGAUUUCCAUACCCUC